GACCGCUAUGCACAUUUUGAGGGGAAAAACUAACACAAAAAGCAUCCCCCUACACGCUGAAGCCAUCUUGGUCGCACUGCUACAUUCUGGACUCCACGUCUGAUUGUUAUUAAGCUUUGGGGGAAAAAAGCUCAAACAACACUGGAAUGAUGUCCUCCAAGUUGAAGUGGCUGAUUGUGAUCCAGCUCCUGCUGAAUGAACAGGCUUUGUGCAGGGUCCCACCUCCUCUGGCUCUGAGAAACACUCUGCUUCCAGGAGCUGACUUCAAUGAAGCGGGAGAGGAAACAGCCAAACAGGAUCAUCCGUCUCUCCUGGGGCCUAAACUCCAGCUCGGUAUCCCAUCUGCAGAAAACCCUGAUCCUGCACAAAAAGAGAAGAGAGUUCGAUCUGCCGAAAACAUAAUAUCGGUCCUCAGGACAAAGCUUCCGGAGCAGAUUCAAGAUCACCUCCACAUUCACGGGAACGUCAGCUGUGAGGAGCUGUUGGCUGCCAGCACCUUGGACGACCCAUCAUCCUCCAUGUUCCCCCAGGAGCUCCUGGGUCUCUCUUUAGUGCCCGUGUUGGUGGUGGCAGGCUGCCAACAGGAAGCACAGACCCUGGUGCUCAAGCUGCACGACCUGCUGGGAGUGGCUGACACGGAGGAGCUCCUGAUGGAGGUGCAGGGUCUGAUAGAGAGGAGGGUGAGCAAGUCUGCAUCCACGCCUGCACCUGCAUCAUCGCCUUCAGGGAGGAAUCAAGCAGGGCGCCACAUGGAGGCUGUGAUGUUUAACAUCCAGCAGCUGACCAUGGUGGGAGAAGGUUCCUCCAAGCAUGAAGGGCAUUGUGAGGGUUGGACCAGGGUGAGUGGAACCACACUGGCAGGAACAGCUGUGGAAGGAGCCACGGGUGAUCUAGAGGAGGCUGUGAGCGCCUGUGAGAGACUGGGAGUCCUGUGUGCUGGUGUGACCAGCAGUGGACCACUCAAACCUGGGAAGUACCAGGGAGUGUUGAAGAAAGGCAGUCGCGUCUUACCCUCUGAAUCCACAGAGUCUGAAUGUUGGAUCCGUCAGUGCAGCGCAGAGGAGGAUGCUUCGACUGCCACUGCCUCGGGUCGACGGGUGAGGCGAAGCCCCCAGAGGAGCUGCAUCAACAAAAGCGAGGAGCGCGUAUACAACGUGGUGGAGUGGAUCCCUGGAGUCAGCACCCUCUACAACCUCGGCACAGCUGUGUAUUAUGCCUCUGUCAACUGCUCGGAGACAGCCAAGGAGAGAGCCAUCCUCAGCGCGGUUGACCUCGGCACAGAUGCUCUCAUGGUGGCCACAGGGGGGACUGCCGGGGUGGCAGGCUACGCUCUGGGUGCAGGGGUGAAAACCGGUGUGAAAGCAGGCGUCAGGUAUCUGCUCAACUCCAUGAAGCAGGAGGAUGACGUGCUGGUGAACCAGUUCAACUCGGAGGAUGGCGUCAUCACUGUCCAGUAGACUGAAGGAGCAAUAAAUCCGCAUGUGAAGCUUUAGCAAUAUCUUUAUAUUUAGUUUAUACAUUAAAUAAAAAAAGGACAGUGACACAGGAUCAGUGUUUGUUGACUGACAUGGUUGAUGAGUAACAUAUUGGUUUACCAGGCAUUAUAUAAUCUAGAUUAUUUGAAAAACAAAAUUACACAUGUUUGUAUUACUCAGUGGAUUAUCAGAAGUUUUUAAAUGGGGGAAAAAGCUUUUUAUUUGUGUGACUGCACAAACUUCAUUUUACACAGUCUGACACACUGAUUAUUUUUUAUUGAAGAUGUCAGUGAUUUUUUGAUUAGUUUGUAAAAUAUGUAAAUUAGUUUAUGUUUUAAGACAACAUAGAAAAAUGCAAUGAAAUUUACUGAGUAAAAAGGUAAUUACACUACACAUUAAUUGCAAACAAGCUUUAACAACCAUUAAGUAAGUUUUUAACCUUUUCUGCUUGUAGAAAACUAUCUCCUUUUGUGUAUAAUUUUAAUUUUAUAUAGUUGAACAAUGUAUCAUAUUAAGCAGCAACUUCUGAAGAACAGGUCUCAGGAAAUUAAACCUACAAUCCCUCAAGACUUUCAUUUUGCUCUACAUCUGGUGUCUUUUCUUCUGGUCAUUGUUCUUCGUCACUCUUGUUGUUUUCUUCCCUUCCAUGAAAACGUUUUUCCAGGUCAGAGUCACAUUCCCACCUCUGGUGUUAAUUGCAGGGACAAUAGACUGAAAACUAAGUUUUGUAGUUUUAUAUGUUUUUUAAUUAUUUUUCUUUUAAUGUCAAUAAAUGGUAUAUUAAAUCUCUAUGUGUGCAUA